AUGAUAGUGAGAGGCUGCCUCCUACUCGUGAGGAGAGUGAGCCCUAGAGCACACUGUGGGGCUUCCUUCCAAGAUACAAGUGAGAGAGAAUCAAACAAGCUCUACCAGCUCUGCUCCACUGGGAAGGUAAAUACAGGAGCUGGAGGAGCACCGGCAUUUUAAAAUGUCAAAGCUCAGCCAGACCAGGACUUCCCUCUCUCUCUCCCUCCUUCCCUCCCUCUUCCUGAUAAGGAAAUCUAGGGACACCGGCUUCUCAUGGGUGAGUCAAUUUCCGGCCUUCCACACAUGCAAUGGAUCUGGGCAGAAGAAGCACGCAUUUGCGAUGCAGCCGAAGGGGUUAAUGGACAGGUUUCCAUUUCUGGCUGAGACCUGCGAAGUUCCAGGCUGCCGACUAGCAAAAAAUAAAUAAAUCCACCCUCGAACAAAACCUGCUCUCUCCUUCCACCUGAGAGAGUAAUCUGCAAAGGAGCGAGCUGGAAAGAAUGAAAAACUACCCCUUCUGAAUCCUGUCCGGCGGAAAAAAUAUUCCUGUUUCCAACUCCUGCUAUUUGUUUGAUUCUGGGGAGUGUCUCGCUUCCUCCUCCUUUAUUUUCUUAUGGAGAUUUGGAAGGUCAAGGGCAGAGGGGAAGGAAGCCGGCUGUCCAAAGGCUAGGGGGAAAACAUCAGCCAAGCUGGGAUUUCAAAGCCGUCGGAACAUUUAAGCAUUUCCAGGUUGCUUGAAUGCCACUGUCCAUUGCUCCCCGCCUGUUUCUGAAAGUUUGGGGAAGAAAAGAAACUUGAGCAAACUUUUUUCGUCCUAUCCAGGAUAUUUUUUUACUCCACUGAGAUGAGGUGACGGGUAAGCUGGGAAACUGAAUGCCAGUCUUUAAAGACAGUUAAGGGCCAAAGGACUCUUGGGUUGUUGCUUUUUCUUUAAGUCGGAAAGGGAAACUGUUCACGAGGAAUUGCGAAGAAGCUACGAGGGACGUUAUUUGCUGCUAGUUUUCCCUUAAACUCAGGGAUACACCGCACUAAAUUAUUUCACUAAAUUAUCCACCUUUUUUUAUUUAUUUUUGGCGGGCGCUCCCCUCCUUGGACUAGGGCUCAUGGCUUUCUCUCAGGUCCAGUGUCUCGAUGACAGUCAUGUCAACUGGCGCUCCAGCGAGUCCAAGCCCGAGUUCUUCUACAGCGAAGAGCAGAGGCUGGCGUUGGAGGCGCUGGUGUCGAAAGGGCCGGACGCCUUCUACGAGGUCCUCAAGAAGGAGAACAUCAGGGACUUCCUUUCGGAGCUGGAGCUCAAGAAGAUUUUGGAUACGCUGGAGACGUACGACCCCGGCUCGGAGUUCAUCCCCCGCGGGGGUGAUGGUGGGGCCGACCUCGGCAGCCAGAACGGCGAGCAGGACCAAGCACCUUCUUUGGAAUACUGGCCGCAGAGGUCCGACCGGUCCAUUCCACAGCUGGACCUGGGGUGGCCGGAGGCCAUCGCUUACCGUGGGGUGACCAGAGCUACUGUCUACAUGCAGCCGCCUAUUGACUGUCAGCCUCACAUCAAGGAGGUCGUCCGCAAGAUGAUCUUCCAGGCUCAGAAGGUUGUCGCUGUGGUCAUGGAUAUGUUCACAGAUGUAGACAUCUUCAAAGAUCUCCUGGACGCGGGUUUCAAGCGGAAAGUUGGCAUCUACAUCAUCUUGGACGAGACAAACUUGAAAUAUUUCCUCCAGAUGUGCGAGCGAGCCCAGAUGCAUGCCGGACACCUAAAGAAUCUCAGAGUCCGCACAACCGGAGGCACGGAGUUUUUCACCCGCUCGGCCACAAAGUUUAAGGGCGCUUUGGCACAGAAGUUCAUGUUUGUGGAUGGAGACAAAGCCAUGAGUGGCUCCUACAGCUUCACCUGGUCCGCUGCGAGAACCGACAGGAACAUCAUCUCGGUCCUCACAGGACAGGUGGUCGAGGCAUUUGACAAGCAGUUCCAGGAGCUCUACCUAACGUCUCGGGGGGUCAGCCUGAAAUCUAUCCCCGUGGAGGAGGAGCCGGAACCAGAGCCUCUCGUACUGCCCACUCUCGCCCCCGUGAACCCAGCUGUGGUGAAGAAAAUGUUCAACCCCAAGUACGCCCUCGUCAAGGCAAAGAGCGCUGAGCAGAUCAGUAAGGCCAGCAGCGACAAGAACGUCACUGAGCAGCAGAAGGCUGAAGCGAAGAGGAAAGCCAUCCCAGAGGCCCGGGUAUCCGAGAGGCCCAGCGACAUCGCCGAGACGGCGCCUCCUAUUCACCCGGGUCUCCUCAACCUGGAGAAAGCCAACAUGUUUGAAUACCUGCCAACUUGGGUUGAACCUGACCCAGAACCCGGGAGCGAAAUAUUGGGCUACAUCAACAUUAUCGACCCCAAAAUCAAGAACAUCCAGCUGUCGCAGAUGAACCGCAUCAAGGUGUGUGACGUCUCAAAAGCCAAUGCCCAGCACAAGAAGAUGCUCAGGCAAAAAUCCCAAGAAGCUAAAAGAGGCCACGACAACCAGCCUGCCGCGACGCCUUGCCAACAGCUCGAUGCCGUCGCUGCUCCGGCCCAAACCCAGGAGGCCCGUCCGAACCCCAUGGAAAACACUCCAGGGAACCCGAGGAAUGGAGAGACGUUUGCCACUCUGGCCAACAGUCAGCACUUGAAGCAACCGCUGGACACACAAACUCAAGGCCAAAUGGACACCAAGGGCGCUGUGCCCCCAGUCCCCAAACCACGGAUGGUUCACGUGACGGACUUGAUCUCCGCGAAAACUGUACGUCCCGAGGAAGGAGCUGAUUUGGCAGAGGAUACCCAAAUGCAGCAUCCGGGGACAGGUGCCACAAAUGCAACGCAGAAUGAGAGUCCCGAACAGGCUCCCGAUGCAAGGAGCAGCUGCAAACUCGGUCGGCAGGCAUCCGUCUAUGAGCAAGUAGCCCCCUUCCCCGUGAACGGGGUUCAAGGGGGCGAGGCCGAGGAGGAGGAGGAGGAGGAAGAAGAAGAAGAGGAGGACUAUGUGACGUUAAGCGACCAUGAGAGCCUGUCCGGCAGCUCCACCACCAACCACAGCCACCUCCACUCAGACGCGUCCUCCAUCUCCGAUGAAUACUGCAAGGGGAGGCGGCCCUGCGGGCUUCUGCGGAGGACCAAUUCUGACUUCCUUCUCAACGGAGGCGGGCACAGCCCUCAGCACCACCCAGACUUUCAGAGGAAGCUGAGUGAGCCCUACAUGAGCCGGGGCAGCUACCCCAGUCCUUUGGGGAGCCCCCAGCCGAUGCUAAGCCUGGGGGUGGCCAGCCAGAUGAGGAGGAGAAGCGACAGCGUGGAGGAGAUUAGGUGCGUUUUGGGAAGGGACCGUAAUCCGCAUGCUUUGCCCGACGGCUACAAUACCUGUCUGAGCAAUGCUCCACAGGGACCACAACUGCUCUGCUACGGGUCCAGGGUGCAAAUGUCUGUGGGAAGAGGCAAAAGCGGUCCCCCGCAGCAGAAAGCCCCAGGAGAUGGCAAAUACCAGCAGGAUGGAAGCCGGGCCAAAAAGCAACCCCCAGGCUCAGCCGGCCAGCCGUACUGGCAGAGCAAAGGGUUCGGCACCUCCAAGAACGCACAAGCCAGCCGCUUCUCCCAAGGAAGAAGCAGCCCCUCCCGAGCAAUCUCCACCACAGAAGCCCAGAGGGCGGCGGAAGAAAUAAGGACACCCUUUGGCAUCCCGCUGUCCAAACUGUCAGAAUCCAAGCACCUAAAGAACAAGGUGUCUCCGUGGUCCGAUGCCAAGCGGAGGCACCCAGGAGCCACCAACCACAAAGAGCAAUAGGGCGGGAGAUGGUCGCCCUGGGACACUGAGAAAGAGCCCUGCCGGGGUCCAGGGAGGGACCCACAAAAGUGGGGUUGCUUUGCAACAGUGCGGUUGCCCAGCAGGGAGAGGGGGGUUUACCUGGUCUGUGCACCAGUACCACGUGGCCACGACCGAGAGCCCAAAGGUCAUGCCGGUCCAGGGCAAGUCUCCGGAGACGGGAUCCCGGAAUAGGUGCAUCGCAUCGAGCCUGGGCACGUGGCAGGUUGUGUUGGGGAUGAUCUUAGACGGCACAGCCUUUAAGUAAGCUUCUUCCAGGUUCUGGUAGCCGCCGAUCUCGUCGAAAGCUUUGCAGGGGAUAGAGGGGUGGGGAGAGGCAAUCAUUUAAAAUAGAUCUACCAAAACGCAAACAACGGCUCACCUCUUCCUUCACUUCCCACCGUGACUUUUAGCGUUGCAAGAAAAACAGCCGCGUUGGUGCAACGUCAGCACGCUUUCCUGUUCCAGCACCUGGGAGUGGGGGUUUGGUAGGGGAACUCACAAGCACGAGGGUGUGCUACGUUUCCUGAAAUAUCUAGCUCCACAGAACCCUUCGGUGUAGCAGGAGCUGUGUAGAGCCCCUGUGUUGCAGGCAGAAGGUUGCAGGCUUGGUCCCUGCCAUUGCCGGUUAGACUGGCUGGAGCUAGCAGUUGAUGGGAAUGUCCUUGGCCAGAAGCCCUGGGGCAGGCAUCCCCAAACUUCGGCCCUCCAGAUGUUUUGGACUACAAUUCCCAUCUUCCCCGACCACUGGUCCUGUUAGCUAGGGAUCAUGGGAGUUGUAGGCCAAAACAUCUGGAGGGCCGCAGUUUGGGGAUGCCUGCCCUGGGGAAUAGCUGCCAGCCAGUGUAGGCAACACUCUGGCCUGGGUGGAGUUGUUAUAAGGCAUGGAGGGGGAAGCUUCUUGCCCCUGAGGGCCAUGUGUGGUACAGAUAGGGAGCUGUGUGUGUGUGUGCCCAUAGGCACCAACUCUAAGGGGCCCAGAUCACUUUGGGGGACCCAAUAAAAUAGGGGGCCCAGCCCACUCCCAGUGUCGAGAACAAUCAGUUGUGGAGGAGGCCAAUCGCGAAGCCAGGUGCAGCGUGACUUCAGUGGCUGUCGGCUUCUCCUGCUGCCAUGGAGGGGAAGGAGGAGAGAAGCAGCCCCCAGCUGUGGCAGCAGCAGGAGGAGGGCACUGAGUGGCAGAGUAGAGGAGCCUCCAGCCAUUGAAGCCGUGCUGCCGUCAUGUUCGGCUCCACCCCGUGCGUCCUGGCAUCCCACACAUGUCAUGCAUGCAUCAUCGGCCCCCCAAUCUUCUGCUCAAGUUGGUGCCUCUGGCUGCAAGCCUGUGGGUGUGGCUAGAAUCGGUGGUGGGUCACCCACUCACCCACCCCUCUGCACACUGGCCCUCGUCUUCAUCAGAGGACAUGGCCGUCCCGUCCCCCCGCCGUGCCGUCCUCCCCAUCACAACUGUGUCAGCCCACCCAGUGGUCGGGGAGCAUAAUUGACUUGCAAAAUUUAGCAGGGGCAACCAUGGGCCGCAGUGGGGGUCUCUGAGGGCCACACACACAGCCCCUUGGGCACAGGUGGCCCACAUUGCAAUGCAAGGCAAUUCCUAAACCAUUUAAGCAGGAGCUUCUGGGUUUAUUUUGGGCAGGGAGGUACAGCCGGUCAGGGUCAGGGACCCCCUUCAACCAGGUGAUGGAGCUGAGGACUCUGAGCUUAAAGAGGACGGGCGUAUGAUUCUCUAUAGGGCCAGCCCCAGAAGUGCUGCUACCCACUUAACCUGCGGGGUAACACACAUACCCUCCAGGAAUGUGUUCUGACCUAGAGGACUCUGCUGUAGGAGACCCUGGAAGACCUGAACCUUCCCAGCUCCGUCGCAGUAGGACAGGCACCCCCAAACCUGGCCCUCCAGAUGUUUUGGGACUACAACUCCCAUCAUCCCUGACCGCUGGUCUUGUUAGCUAGGGAUGAUGGGAGUUGUAGUCCCAAAACAUCUGGAGGGCCGAGUUUGGGGGUGCCUGCAGUAGGACAUGGUGGGCAAAGGCUUUGCCCCUUUAAGUCAAGCAGGGUCUUGAAUUAAAGUUGGUGAGAAGAAUCAGGCUACACCUGGUUCCAUUAUGGGCUGGGUUGCAACUUGUCCCUUGCUGGACCAACUUCAGAGGCAGAACCUGCCUUGUGUCCUGCCUGAAUUUUGUCCCACCUUGCCCUGUAACCAGCCAGGAUCUCGCCUUGUCCUACAGCCUCUUGGGCCUUGGCGCAAGACAAGCGGGUAAACGUAUUCUUCAUAUGUACAAGUUGAGAUUCACACCUUUACGGUUAAAGGGAUCACAGUAGCAGGUGAUGGGAAAGAGACCCACUUGCCCCUGAGACGGUGGAGAGCCCCCCCCAAAAAAAGUUGCAAUAAUAGUGAUGAGGAUUGAGUCACCCCAGGGUUUGCAACCCUUCCAGGGUGAGCCAACAGCUUCCCCAGACGAAAGCCUGCCUUUGCAAAGACAUUGUGCCCCGAACCAAAACAAGCACCCACAAAUACCGCAGAUUAAGACCGCUCUCUCGGGAAAGUUAAUGAUUUGAAGCAGUUUGCAAAGGGGGCAGGAUUUGCAGCCUUUGUUUUGAGCGUCAACAGGAAUUAGUGGCCGGGUUCUUUUCAAAGCCUCGUCAUGGCAACCACGCAGCAAGCCACCCAACCAGGGUGUGGCAGGAUUACCACAUGAUCCGUCCCCCUUCAAUGGUGGCUUUAGAUGUAAGCUCCAGAGUAUCGGCUGAUUUAAAGGGCUGCGGGGGCCGGUUCAAGGCGUUGGGGUGACUGAGGUCGAAAAGCCAAAAUGGCGCCCACACCCAUUAACUGACCCGGGACACAAGCCGCUGAGAAGUUUCUCUGCACAAGCUUUUCACUAGAACGGUUAUUACAAACAAAAGCAACGAUGCACUUUGGUUUACUCGGAAACUUCUUAAUUUAUUCUGCAGAUCAAACCCACUUGAAUCACGUCCACAUACCACACAUUUCACGCACAUUUCGACCCCCAUGGAUUUCUGCCCCCCCCCCAAUAAUUCCAGGAACUGUAGUCUAUCCCUCAGCAAGAUACAGUAUAAUUUCCAGCACCCUACACAAACUGCAAACAAACUACAAUUCCCAUUAUUCUUGGGGCGGAGGACGCUGUGUGCUUUACUUGUGUGGCAUGGAUUUGAAUUCAGAUAGUAUAUACUAAACAUUGUGAUGUUUUCUUUCCUGGGGGGGGGGGGGGUUGGAGAGAGAAAGCCAUGCACAACAGUCCAGUCGCCAUUGGUUCUUCCUCAUUAGGGGUUUAGCAUGGAAAAUCCUAUUUCCUUUCCUUUCUAUUUACAGGGCACCCACAGGAUAGCGACAUCCAUUUCCCCUUUGGUUCUUUCUUCCCCCCACCCCCAGAAAGAUAGAAGAGGAACUCUGUCUCCACAGGGGCAGGUGACUUUAGCCCUUUUCUUUCCUUCCUUCCUUCCUUCCUUCCUUCCUUCCUUCCUUCCUUCCUUCCUUCCUUCCUUCUUUCUUUCUUUCUUUCUUUCUUUCUUUCUUUCUUUCUUUCCCCUCAGUUUUAACUUGGGCAGUGAUGUAUCGCGGUAGUGAACUUACAACUGCAUUAUUUGUGGUUGUAUUCUGCAUUUAGCAUGAACUCUGGAACUGCAUACACGAUUCUGAACAAACUAAGCCGGAGGUAUACACUCAAGUACAGUGGUGCCUCGCAAGACGAAUUUAAUUCGUUCCGCGGGUCAAUUCGUCUUGCAAAUCACGGUUUCCCAUAGGAAUGCAUUGAAUUUUUUUCCCCCAUAGGAAUGCAUUAAUUAAAUUUCAAUGCAUUCCUAUGGGAAACCGCGAUUCACAAGACAAAUUUUUUGCAAAACAAAUUCGUCUUGUGAGUCACCAUCAGAUCGCAAUGUGCAAUUGUCUUGCGAAAAAUUCGUCUUGCAGGGCAAGACGUAUACACUUUCAGAGUUCAUGCUAAAUACAUUACUUCUGGUAAAUGAGCCGUCUAAAAAGUGUGUCACCGGCAUGAACAGUUUGGAAAGCGCUGUGCUAGAGGGGUCAUGAAAAAUGUUGUCCCGGGCUUUUUAGACUCAUCUACCCAUGAAACCAAAGGGGGGGGGGCAUUGGUUGCCAGGUGUGAAAUAUCUUGGCGUUAUUUUCAGAUCUCCUACCCCAGUAACACACCAAACCACUCUGACUCCAUAAGGGAAAUAGGGAAGCUAAAGAACAACUGCCCUUGUGGAACCGGGACAUUAGGGGCAUGGAUGUGUAAAUGCAAUGUCCUUUGCACCCAUAAGGAACAGGGAAUAGCCAAACUUCCUCCAAGGUUAAAGAUGUGCUGCUGUUCUCAAGACUUCUUUUAAAAAUCUAACUAGAUAUGCACCCCAGCAGAACUGCUUCAUGCGGUUGCUGCAGGAGUUUGCCUCAUUGUACAGCCUCCAAA